AAAGUGGAAACAAUAGACCCAAAGGUGUUCAUGGCGACUGCUCAGAGUAAAUUUUAUUUGUUCUCAUAGGAGGCUUGACAGCAUGAAAUAAAAACAAAUUACUUUAGACAAAGUUUUUUUUUGUUUUUGAUUUUUCUUAACUGAGUUUUAGAAAACUUCAGACCCAGACACAGGACUCAACGAUAUAUUUCCUGGACAGCAAGCUACUAUAAUGGCAACCACAAUCUGUUUCAUCAUCUGGGUGGUAUUCGUGACAGAUUCUGUGUGGACUCGAACUGUGAGACAGGUCUACGAGGUCCACGACCCAGAGGAUUUUAAUGAGCAAGACUUCGAUUGCCCCAGGGAGUGUUUCUGUCCCCCCAGUUUCCCUACUGCUUUGUACUGUGAGAACCGUGGUCUCAGAGAAAUCCCUGCUAUUCCUUCAAGGAUCUGGUAUCUUUAUCUUGAAAACAACCUGAUAGAAACCAUUCCUGAGAAGCCGUUCGAGAAUGCCACCCAGCUGAGAUGGAUCAAUCUAAACAAGAACAAAAUAACCAACGAUGGCAUUGAAAAAGGAGCCCUGAGCCAACUAAAGAAGCUGCUUUUCUUAUUUCUGGAAGAUAACGAACUAGAGGAGGUGCCUUCUCCAUUGCCAAGAAGUUUAGAACAAUUACAGUUAGCUAGAAACAAGGUGUCCAGAAUUCCUCAAGGGACUUUCAGCAAUCUGGAGAACCUGACCCUUCUUGACCUGCAGCACAAUAAGCUCUUAGACAAUGCCUUUCAAAGGGACACCUUUAAGGGACUGAAGAACCUCAUGCAGUUAAAUAUGGCCAAGAACGCCCUGAAGAACAUGCCACCGAGGUUGCCGGCCAACACAAUGCAACUGUUUUUAGACAACAAUUCCAUUGAGGGAAUACCAGAAAAUUAUUUUAAUGUCAUUCCUAAAGUGGCCUUCCUGAGAUUAAACCACAACAAACUGUCAGAUGCAGGCCUUCCCCCCAGAGGUUUUGAUGUGUCAUCUAUUCUAGAUCUUCAGCUGUCCCACAAUCGACUCACAAAGGUCCCCCGGAUCAAUGCUCAUCUGCAGCACCUUCACCUGGACCAUAACAAAAUCAAAAAUGUGAACGUCUCCGUAAUAUGCCCUACCCCAAACAUACUGCCUGCAGAACAGGAUUUCUUCAUUUAUGGACCUCAUCUGAGCUACCUUCGUCUGGAUGGAAAUGAGAUCAAACCACCAAUCCCAAUGGAUUUAAUGACCUGCUUCAGGCUCCUUCAAACUCUCAUUAUUUAAACACAUUUUCAACAAUAGGAGAUUGGUUUAAUACACUGAUAUUUCUGAUAUGAAAUUUGGAUAACAUUCAUAGGUUUAAAACAAAAAUCACAUUUCCGGUUGCUCUUGGCCGCCAUUUUCAUCUGUGCAGUUUAGUUUUUCUACUCAAAGGUGCUUUCACCAAAGAUACAUAGAACAGCCAACUUUUUCCUUUUUUUGAAGAGGAAGAGAAGCAGGGAGCCAGAGGGAGAGAGAGAAACAUCCAUCAGUUGCCUCCCUUAUGCGCCCCGACCAAGGAUCUGAGGACCCAAGCUGCAACCUGAGUAUGUGCCAUGGUUGGGAAUUGAACCCGCAACCUUUUGGUGUACCUGACGAUGCUCCAGCCAACCGAGCAAUCCAGCAGGGCCUGCCUACUUUUUUUUUUAAAUAAAUAAAACAGACACAGAGUUAAGUAGUUUAUCAACUCAAAGUUAAUUCUUUUUUGUCUCUUUCACAGCUUAUUAAUACCAAGUAAUGCAAUUGCAUUGGUUGUGCCAUAGAAUGAACAUAUUUGUUUGAAUAUGUUCAAAAUUGCUUUUGCAGACAGUAUAAAUAUAGUAACCUAACAGGAGAUAGGGUGAGCUGAAGAAAAUUAAAAAAAACCUUUUUAUCAUAAUUAUAAAGAAAUAAUUAAAUUCAGAUAACUAAGUAGCUUUUGUAGGUGAAAGUUUAGUAUUUAGCUCAAGAAUGGAUAUGAAAUACAUCAAAUACUUCAUAAUGAGAGAGUUUUAGUCAUUUAAUACCAAAUGACAGGGCAACAGCCAUUUUUAGUUUACUACUAUUUUUUAUAGCUGCUGUUCUUAGGUAUAGUACAAUAUCCUCCAGCAAUUAAACUCCUUGGUUUUUACAUUUAUUAUAACACAUUUCUGACAGAAUCUUAGUAUUUUAACAUUUGAAACCCACUUGAAUUGUAGCAUUCAACUCAUAUAUUUGUCAGUGUUUUAUUGGAUUUUUUAAAUAAAAAGAGUAAAUACUUUCCAACAAAACAGAAGUAAAAUAUUUAUUUCAGAUUUAUUUCAGGGGCAUUACUUACAAGUUUUGUUAGAAACACAUUUUAAUAGAAAGUGUUAGAGUAACAAUUAUUUCCAUUUUUCUACCAUGGAUGUAUGCAAACAUAUUUUCCCACUUUCUUUUUUCUUUUCUGCCAGUAAACAUGAGAAGAAAUUCAUACUCCAAGUACCUGACACCUGUUUUUCUUGAGUUAAAAAAGUAAUCCAGGAUUUUGUUAAGUAACAAAGUAUAGUUUACUUUAGACUUCUGAUUUUGUAGGACAUAUGCUAUAAACAAUAAAUAUUCCAUAAGGAUUAA